UACGAUUGGUCCAAUAUCACGGUGACAACUUCCGGUGCAAUGGAGCACAAGAUUUGAAUUUAACUUCGUAGUUGCUUCCCUAUUCUCUCAGCCACUCUUCUUCUCUUAUAAGAGAAGCGUAAUUGGUAAUGAAAUAACAAAUAUUGUCGGACUUGAAGGAAACUAUGAACGAUGCUACGUCCAAGUCUUUUCACAAAGUGGCUAAAAGAAUGGGGUGGAUGGAUGAGGGAGGACUGGAGGAAACGGAAAAGAAGUUGAUGAGUAAAAUUGGUAAGAGUCGUCAUGCUGGCACAAGUGGUCAUGGAUCAGCAAGUAAGUGGAGAAACUCUGCUUUGAGCGAAUCGAGUGACGAUGAAUUUGACAGGUUUCUUAUGGAAAAAGCCACACCCCAAGCUAAAGCCUCUUCACACAAGCCACGCAGUCCUGCAAAGACAGGCAGUUCAAACAUUGUGGUGGUGAGCUCAGAUGAUGACAAUACCGCUUUUGAAACAUUUCUUCAGCGGGCAAAAACUCCCAAUACCAAACCCAAGAAGACAUCUAAAAGUGGCAGUGAGGACAGCCUCCAUAAUUUUAUAGUUGACGACUACUCAUCAGAUGAUGACUUUGUUGAGCCAAAAUCAUCUUUCAAAGUUCCUAAGAAGACCAAUACUCCAACAUCCCAGCCUCAAACAAGGCGACCCCUGUCUCUGUUUAAUUCACCUGUCUUUGUCAGCGACGAUGAGGAUGAUGACAAUAUUGUGCUGAAGAGCACUUGGAGAACCCGUCACACGAGGCCCAAGUCACUUCCAAAGACCAGUGAGAAUACUCCUCCUCUGUGCAAUGACGAUGAAACUUCGCCGUCACUCCCCUCUCCUCCUGCUCUGUCUCCUUUGUGUCGUCCUUCAAACGAAGCUAAAUCAUUAGUGAUCUCUCCCAAGCGCACUUUUUCAGUGCCUUCCAAGCUGGAUAAUUCAAGCAGUUCUGAGGAGGAGUUCACAUCCCUGCUGGAGAGACUGAAAAAGAAAAACAAUUUCAUAGGGAAUUCAUUCCUACCGAACAACAGCAAAGAGAGCAAUAAGGAGCCUGCUGGGACAGUCUCAGUUCCUCCUGUAUCCCAAACACCAGGCUCUAAAUUAUUAGGUGUGAAGACACCUGGAAAAUCAUCGAUCUUGAAGCCCGCCGUCAGUCAGAGCGAGCCGAGACACGGUCCAACCAGCAAGAUUAUGCUGUGUAAAACCCCAGGCUGCUUCCUGCAGUCGCUCACAAAUCCCAGCUCCAGCUAUGUGGGCAGCUUUAAGCAUAACAAAGAGGCACUCACAAGUAAACUCUACCACCUGUACAACACCACAGUGUUUGAGAGUAAGCUCCCUGCGAAUAUGUCAGUGACCUGGAAUAAGAAGAUGCGUAAAACAGCUGGCUACUGCGUUACAGGGCAGGAAAAGGGUGGAGGAAACCGCUACGCCCGCAUAGAACUGUCAGAGAAAGUCUGUGACUCUGCAGAUCGUCUCAGGGACACACUGAUACAUGAAAUGUGUCAUGCUGCAACAUGGCUGAUUAACAGUGUAAGGGACGGGCAUGGAAACUUCUGGAAGCUCUAUGCUCGCAAAGCAACACUGGCACAUCCGGAGCUGCCAAUGGUCACGCGCUGCCACAGCUAUGACAUCAAGUACAAAUUCCAGUACCAGUGCACUCGCUGCAAGAACACGAUCGGCCGUCAUUCCAAGUCACUGGACACGCAGAGAUUUGUGUGCGCCCUCUGCACUGGUCAGCUUGUCUUGUUGACGCCUUCUAAGCCACGUGCUCCCACGCCUUUUGCCAACUUUGUCAAGGAAAAUUACUCGAGUGUACGACAGGAGCUAGCAGGACAGAGUCAUGCAGAGGUGAUGCGGAAACUUAGUGCAGACUUUGCCUCGAAGACUAAACUGAGUCAAAGCUGAGCCAGUAUGUGUCCUUCACGCAGGCAGCCUAUGAAAUAUCUCAGUCAGAUAGUCUUACAUUAUUGAGCAGCUAUGAUUCUCAAUGGGGUUUUUUUUCUGUUUGUCUGUUGAUCAUUAGAGUUGCUGUAACUGGAAAAACUGAAUGAAUAGAAAGUAAAUGUUUCUGAUUGUGUGCUUGUGUAGAUGAUAGCAUCAAACAAAGUCAUACUUAAUAAGUGACAGUGCCAUGGUAAAUGUCUGAUAUGAGCCUUUUAAUGCUGUGCUGGUGCAAUUUGUUUGUUUGUUUGUUUGUUUUGCACCUUCAAGUCUUCAAAUAAAGUUUAAUUCUUUAAUGGG